AUGGCUUUCGGUUAUCUCGCUGCUCUCGCUGCUAUUGCCCUCACAGCAUCACAAUCGGCUUACGCUGCUACUACCUCUGCUAGGCGGGUAACCUGUGCCACUGGUCAGGUCACAACCAACGCCGCGUGUUGUGCUCUUUUCCCUGUCGUUGACUUUAUUCAGGAGAACCUUUUCGACGGUGGAGAGUGCGGUGAAGAGGCGCACUCUGCCCUUCGCCUCUCAUUCCACGAUGCCAUUGGCUUCUCUCUUCACGGCGGAAACAGGGGCGGAGGCGCCGACGGAUCAAUUCUCGCAUUCAGCGACAUUGAAACUGCCUUCCACGCCAAUGGCGGGAUUGACGAUAUUACUGCCCGCCAGCUUCCAGUCUUCCAGGCUCUCAACUUGACCGCCGGCGACUUUGUUCAUCUUGCAGCCGCGAUUGGUACAGCUAACUGCCCAGGUGCUCCCCAGCUCGAAUUCCAAUUUGGUCGCCCACCACCGCUUGCUCCUGCCCCUGAUCUGACUAUUCCGGAACCCACUGAUAGCGUCACCAAGAUUUUGGAACGCUUCGCCGAUGCAGGCUUCAGCCCCAAAGAAGCAGUUGCCCUGCUUGCCUCCCACACCAUCGCUGCAGCCGAUGUUGUUGACCCCACUAUCCCGGGAACACCUUUUGACUCAACCGUUGGAACCUUCGAUUCACAAGUUUUCCUCGAGGUUCUCUUGAAGGGAAAACUAUUCCCAGGUAACGGUUCUCAGCCCGGCGAAGUUCUCUCUCCAUUGGCUGGUGAAAUGCGUCUUCAGAGUGACUUCGUCAUCUCUCAAGAUUCCAGGACCGCUUGUUUCUGGCAAGAAAUGAUCAACAACCAGCAAUUCAUGAUGUCCCAAUUCAAAGCCGCUAUGGCUAAACUUCAAGUCCUUGGUCAAGACACCCGCAAGCUCAUUGAUUGCUCUGAUGUUGUGCCUGUUCCCAAACCCUUCACCCAGGCAAUCAAAUACCCCGCCUCAUUCUCCAAAAAGGAUGUCCAAAUUGCUUGCAACUCACUUCCUUUCCCCAACCUGGCCACCGUCGCUGGUCCUGCCCCUACCGUUGCUCCUGUGUGA